GUGUCUCCUUGGAGUGGACUCAGAGGAGACAGAACAGUCCAUCCGAUUGUUGGCAGAGAAACUGGAUACACCUCUGCCAUUGCUGAUAUCCCUCACCUUACCUGUCCUUGACCGCUCAACAACUGUUCAGGUUGCAGAAGCUUUGUUGGAGAAAAGGUGUUGGUAACCAGCACAGCAAAAUGGAGACUCGAUUUGGUCAAGUAGUACUUGGACCUCCAGGCAGUGGGAAGACCACCUACUGUAAGGCAAUGGCCAGGAUGCUACAAGGUCUGGGCCGCAAGGUAGCUGUCAUAAAUCUGGAUCCAGCAAAUGAUGCAGUGCCAUAUGAGGCAGCAGCAGACAUCCAGGAGCUGGUGCAAGUGGAGGAGGUGAUGGCCAUGCAGGGUGUGGGGCCCAAUGGAGCACUGGUGUUCUGCAUGGAACUCUUGGAAGCCAAUAUGUCUUGGCUAAUCAACAAGCUUAAACAGUUUCCCAAACACUACUUGAUAUUUGAUUUCCCAGGACAGGCUGAGCUGUACUCUCACCACACAAUGGUUCGCAGUAUUCUGUCUGCCUUAGAGAAAGAGGGAGCACGUCUUUGUGCAGUGUACUUAGUAGACUCCCAUUAUGCUAAUGAUCCAGGAAAAUAUAUUUCUGCUGUCAUGCUGACAUUAAAUAGUAUGCUAAUGAUGGAGCUGCCAACUGUUAACAUACUAUCAAAGGUGGAUGCAGUAGAGAAAUAUGGCAGUCUGGAUAUGGGUCUGGAUUUCUACACUGAAGUCAUGGACCUGGACUAUUUAUUAGACUACUUGGGGGAUGCUCCGGGUACCAGGAAGUACCAUAAGCUCAACAAGGCCAUGGCAGAAGUGGUGACUGACUAUUCAUUGGUUUCUUUUUUGCCUGUUAGUGUGGAAAGCCAUUCCACACUUCUUAGUGCAAUGAAGGCAAUUGACAAGGCCAAUGGGUACAUAUAUGGCACAGGAGAGGAGCGCAACAUCCAGCGCCUCCUGUCAUGUGCUGUGGGGGCCGAAUGGGAACACGAGCGCAUUGGAGUACCUCGGGACACUUUCAUGAGAGAUGAGGAAAAGGAGGAGGAGGAAAAUGAAGACAAUUUUGAAUCAGUGCUGGAAAUGCUAGCAAGACAAAAUCAAAAGCCUUAACAUAAUGUCAAGGUUCUGUAGCAUUAUGACACACAAAGAAACAGCAGCCUUUUGAAGAAAAUGACUUUUGUCUUAAACCAGUUCAAUAAAUUAUUCAUUAUA